GCUCUGUUUUGCCCGCGGGGCAGCACUGUGCUCAAGUGUCGAUGCACAAGCAAGCCAAAUGGGUGUGUGUGAUGAGGAGCUAAGCUCCGGGCGCGCAGCUGAGAUGGAGCGUCCUUAACAUGCACAGGCUGGUCGUGCUGGCGUGCCUGUGGCGGCAGGCUGCCCCGGCCUUGCAAUAUCACGUGGACAUCGAUGGCAGCCACGCCACCAUCGCCUACGAAGCCGGCAACGCCACGGCGGCCGCACGCGCCUUCGUGGCCGAGUUCGACAUUCAGACUCACGGGACCUGCACAGACGCCGCCUGCGUCGCGGAGUUGGUAGAGGCGGAGCUCGACGCGUUCGCGAGCCGCGAGAUCGCCGUGCUGGUCGUCGACGCGUGCCCUGGCGACGCGGGCGAGACCAUGCUGAUGGGCGGCUCGCGCGCGGGGCUGGGCGCGGACCUCGCCGCCUUGUUGGAGCGGGAGGGCUGCGGCUGGUGGUGCCGCGACGAGAGCGUCUCGGAGCGCCUUGCGCAGGCCCACCUCGCGGAGGCCGCGCUGACGCGGCUCGCCGGUGCCCCGGGCGCGCCGGUCGGGGCGGUCCUCUGGCUCGCCGCCGAGGCCUACACGUGGAGCGCGCGCCCGACCGCUGUCGCAUUGGCGCCCGAGGACGGCGCCAUGCUGAUGGGAGACGAAUUCUUACUGGACCUGGAGGUGCGGGAGAUCACAGGCCGCGUGUUCGAGCUACGAAGCGACCAAACGCCUCUGGCGAAGGCGCCGCCGGCCGUCGCCGCGCUGGUCAACGAAGCGCUCAACGCGGAAUUAUUACCCUUUGAGCUCGAGGCGUGCUGUGUCGAGGUCUGCGUGUCACUGGACGCGGGGGCCCCGUCGUGUUCGCCGCUCGGCACGUCCGACAGCAUGCGCGUCGCCUCCGCUUUGGACCCCGGCGCGCACACGUGCCGGGCGUGGUACCGCUACGCCGGUCCGGAGGUUCCUGUGAUGACAAGCCGCGCGGCGAGUUGCGAUCGCGGCGACAUACAUUGCUUCGGCGCGACGUCGAUUCAAUUCGACGUGCCGCGUCCAGCCGAAUUGCCGGAGACCAAGCGCGUCGGUGGAGGCGUCACACGCGCUGACUGCGCGCAGCACCCCGACGACUCGGACGACUGCGUCUACGAGGACGUCUGCCUCGACACGUCGACGAACCGCCUCGCGCUCGUGGUGCCCGACGGCGACCCCCGCGCGCAGACGCCCGACCGCGUGUUUCUGCGCCACGACGGCCUGAGUCAGAUACCGCGGGCGACGCGCCCCGCGCCGCUGCCGCACCGGGGCUUCGCCGCCGCGACGUACGUCAACGCGUCCUCUGUUGUUUCCGCGCCGUACCUCCCCGGCUGGACGGCCCUCGUCUUCGGCGACGGACCGAAUAACAUACGGCACCAGGCCAAAUACCUGCUGCCCGUGGCCUACGCACUCAAGCGGCGCGGCGCGGACCCGGAUUCACUCGAGCGCCUCGCGUGGAUGGACUGCGGCGCGGGCGAAAGCAUCGCGCGGACCCACGGCACGGACGCGACCGGCGCGCCCCGGGCGCACGGGAGCGAACCCGCGGCCUGCCGCCGCCUGCGCGCGCCGGACUUCCGGGGUGCGUGGCUCUGGUUCGCCGGCCUGGCGGAGACGCUGUUCGGGAGGCGGACCCAGUUGAUGGUUGACGUCGGCGGCGACGGUUGGCUCUCGUCGCGGGAAGGCGUCGUGUGCUUCGAGCGCGCCGUGGUCCCGGGCGAGUCCGACUACCUCGUGCGGGGCCCCGCGGACGCGCGGUGGUUAAGGCACGCGGCGUACGCCACAGUGGGUCUUCCGCGGCUCGUGGACCACCCCAGCGCCACGAACCGGACGGCGCUCGUCGUCGACCGCGAGGACGGGCGCGGGCUCGACGCGGCCGCCGUCGCGGCCGCGCUCGCCGCGGCGGGCGUGCCCGCGGCACACGUCGAACGUGCGACGCUCACGAAUACGUCGUUCGCGGCCCAGGUCCGCCUCUUCGAGCGGGCGUCGCUGGUCGUCGCGUCGCACGGCGCCGGGCUCACGAACAUGCUCUGGCUCCGGGAGGGCGCCGCCGUCGUCGAGCUGAAACAAUACGGCGAGUAUUCGACGACGUUCCGCGACCUGGCUGCCGUGUCCCGGCUCCAGCACUUCGCCGUGCACGCUCGGACGCCGCCGAACCCCGUCGCUCGCGACUGUCCCGCGCGCUGGUAUCCGCAUGAUUACGCCGGCGCGCCGGCGAUGACAUGCGUCGAAUUCCUGCACAAGAACCCGCGGCGCCCCGACCCGGGCAUCGCCGUCGACGCGUCCGAGCUCGCCGUGGCCGUGGGUCACGCGGCCCGCGCCGCCGGCUUGGUCCCUGUCGCCUGCACCUGCGACUGGCACCCCUGGAAGUACGCCCCAGCGAGCGCCCGCGACGUACAGAUGGUAUCCUCCGUUGAUACUGCUCAAGAUGUCAUGGAUACCUUCCGCCGCGCAGCCUACUAGCUUGUCCUAAGUGACAUGUUCUUGUGAACUGGCAUAUGC